CAUCGGAAUUGUUAUGCCCAGUGCAGUGAUUUUCAAAAGUGCAGCUUGUAGUACGAGUUACUUCUAGCAGACAGUGACGAUGGUGGGCUCCUGGACGCUGUUCGUGUGCGUGCUUGUCGUCAUGUCGGCGAGUGUGUAUGUUUCCUUCGAUGACAAGCACGUCGUUUCKGCCUUUCAAAGCAACAACCGCAACAACAAAAUACCUCUGGAAAACAGACGCCGCCGUACGACCUCCCGGAAGACGGAAAGGGUGGUUUGCUCCUCGUCUCGGAGAAGGAACGGGAACGGGAACGGCAGCGGCGGAAAACCCGGGCGCGCCCGGAACCCAUCCGGAGAGGACGCCAGGUGCGAGGCCGACCUUCUGCUGGAGUACUCCAUCGAUUCAUUCCUGAGGGGAGACUACGACCGGGCCUUUUCGGAGGACGCUUCCUCGCCCCUCCCGGGCCUGUCCCCCUCGGAGACGGUCGACGCCGCCCUKCGGUCCCUCCGGAACCUGGACGACCCGGAGCCCUUCCACGGGGCGGCCGUGCUSCUGCGGUUCUGCGCCGAGCUCGGUCGGGGGGAGCGCUGGGGAACGACCAUUACGACCGACCARCGCCGGGGCCGGGAGGGGUCCUGGAAGGAGCUCCUGCGCGGGGCCCUCACCCCGACCAUGCUUGCCCGGCGGAUCCGGGCCUCGGAGGAGUUUUCGGGGCUCCUGGACUGGAAUGGACUCGAAAUCACGGAGAGCGCAACAGAUUKGGUUGCGGGGGGAAUGGCAACUGCYCCGGGGCAACAAAAGCAGCCCUUUCCCGCGGAUGCGGACGCGAACGCGAACCGCAACGUGGCCUUUGUGGACGCGGCCCUCUUUUUUGGUGGCGAGCACGCAAGCAGAAGCACCGGGAAACAAAUCACAAAGACAAACACCACGAGCGGGGGGGAAGGCGGCCGYGCCCGCGGUUUGUCUCCGCCGGAACUCUACCGCUUUCGGCUGGCCAAGAUGCUGGGCGGGGUGUGGCUGAUCGAUUCCGUCCGGCGGAGMCCCCAGGGCCUGUCGUCCGCGACCAACUCCAAGGCGAGCGAGAGGCGAAAACGCGGGAGGCCACGGGGGCGCGAGGAACCGCGAACGAAACGAGGAGAACGGCCGGUGCAAAAACGAGGGGACAAACGAAAACGAGGCGGCAAAGAAACCAAGGAUUUCACCARGGACGAUGGCGAGCAGCGCCGUGACAAGCGAUAGCCUCUGGUCACGUCGAUCGUUUCGAAGAAAGAAAGYGCGCUGCAUUCGAAGCGACAGUCUCUCUAGAUUGCACCUACGGUUCGGUCUACGACAAGAGGUACAAGAAGAGGAGACUACCGAGCCAAAACGAGAAAAUUCGGAAAAAGCAAGCCAUCCUAUAUAUUAUACUACUAGUAAUUUGUUGUAUCACACAAYCUAGCUUUUGAAUAGAUAACACGCGCAACG